CAAUUCUCUCAGAACCACCACAUUCACGCACAAAAAGUUGACAGCAACACAAGACUUGUCACCUUCAUCAAUGGCCGCUUUACAAGCUACCUCUGUCUUAGUUUCUUCUUCUUCUUCCUCUUCAGGUUGUUCUUUGAAGAGAACGAUCGCCGCUUCGAUCAAAGUCCCGAAGCCCUCGAUACUCAGCUUCGCUGAUCAUCCAGGCGCUGUGAUCGCGAAGAAGCUAGCUGAGGAAUUGAGCAUCAGGAACAGUUACUCCUUCGCCGAGCCGCUACAGAUAGACGUCGCCCAGAAAGAUAGGAUUUUGGAGCCGCACCUAUCGCCUGCUUCCUCUAUCGAAACGACCACGAAGCUCUAUGCGAUCUUGGAGGCUGUUGAAGAUAGAGUGGAGAUGCACCAUAACAUCGGUGAGCAGCGAGACAACUGGAACAAGCUCCUGUUGAACUCGGUCAAUAUGAUGACUCUCACUGCCACCACCAUGGCGGCGAUGGCUGCCACUAUGCCGGCUACGUCGCUGAGAGUAUGCUCCGCUCUGUUGUUCACAGCAGCCACUGGGAUGUCGCUUGUCAUAAGCAAAAUCCAGCCCUCGCAGCUAGCAGAAGAGCAACGCAACGCCUUGAGGUUAUUCAAGGAGCUUCGGAGCAAGAUCAAGUCGAUGCUCGCGCUCCGAUAUCUGACUGAGUCGGACUUGAAGGAGACAAUGGAGAAGGUGCUGGCCCUUGAUAGGGCUUAUCCGCUGCCUCUGCUCGGAGCGAUGAUCGAGAAGUUCCCCGCGAAAUUUCAGCCUGCCACAUGGUGGCCUAGGGUUUCCAACAACCGCCGCCAAUCCCGAGGGCGCAAAACUGUCACAAACACAGAGCAAAAUGGAUGGAGCGAGGACCUAGAAGUGGAGAUGAGAGCGAUCGUCCAAGUCCUCAAGAGCAAAGACAAGCAAGACUACUUGAGGCUCGGGAAUCUGGCUCUAAAAUUGAAUAAGAUGUUGGCGGUUUCUGCUCCUUUGCUGACCGGCAUUGCCACGGCCAGCUCGGCCUUCGGUGGCUCGAUGGCCACGACGGUGGCAGCGAUUGCCGGUGCGAUGGCGGCGAUUGUCAACAGCUUCGAGCAUGGAGGUCAAGUCGGUAUGGUGGUGGAGAUGUACAGAAAUUGUGCGGGGUUCUUCGAGCUUGUGGAAGAGACGAUCGAAAUGACGCUAGAAGAGAGAGACUAUAGCAAGAGAGAGAACGGAGAGAUGUUCGAGAUGAAGGUGGCGAUGAAGCUGGGGCGGAGCUUGUCGCAGCUUCGAGAUUUAGCAAGAAAAUCAGUGGCUUCUUGUAUAGGAGGGACUGAGGUGGAUGAGUUUGGAAGCAAGCUUUUCUGAACUCCUUUGUACAAAGAUAUUAAGUGUACAUAUAAUACACGAUUCUUCCAUUCAUUAGUUCUUGGUGCCUAUUUUAUGUACAUUUUGUGGCAGAGAAAGAAAUAUGAUCAUAGUAUAAAGAUUCUUAUUUC